GAAGUAUCUGUGCUUCCCUUAAGCUUCCUCUCCGUCCUUCCAUCUCCUGACCCCUACCCAGGUCCGGCUUACUCUGAAUUACUACAGACCCAAGCCUUCCAUUUUACCUCCCCAUUCACCCCAGGCCAGGGUGGCAGGUCGAGGCCAUAACUCUGGGAACAUUUCAGGCCAUCGCAGGUCUCAACUCUGCACACAGUUCUCUCUCAUACACAGUUAGCUCUCCUAAAGUGGGGAAACUAGGGCCAAGGAUUUGGGAGAUUCUGGGACCUUGCAGGGAUUCUGAGGAAAACUGAGGAAGGGAGACCUCACUGGCGUGAACCAGACCUGCAGGGAACUGGGGUAUUGAAUCCACUGAGCACCAGCUCAGUUCUUACCACAAUCUAGUCACUACAGCCAGUCUUGGAGGGGAAGACUCUAGAGAGUUCUCUCUCCCUCCUUCCUUUCCUUAGUCGCACCUCCCUUGCCUGGUCUUGCUUGCCUCCCUGUUUCCAUGACAACUCCAAGGGAGCCCAAACUGGGGGCUUGAAUGCUGGGGUGAGAGGAGGAGAGACGAGUGGGGGGACGUCUGAAGGCUCCCCCUCCCUCGCCUCUGUCCCUUUAAGCUGUCCCCCCUCCCUGCUCGCCCUCCACCCCCCCGCUGCUGUCUUCUCUCCAUCUCCUGCGCUGCCGCUGGCUGCGCAAUCCGUGCACCCAGACUCCGGCGCCUGCCAGAGACCCCAACUCCAGCUUCAGGACCCUGUCCCAACAAGACCGCAGGCAUGUCAUCGGAAAAGUCAGGCCUCCCGGACUCAGUCCCUCACACUUCUCCACCACCCUACAAUGCCCCCCAGCCGCCAGCCGAACCCCCCGUCCCGCCCCCACAGGCAGCCCCCUCGUCGCACCAUCACCACCACCACCACUACCACCAGUCUGGCACGGCUACCCUCCCGCGCUUAGGGGCUGGCGGCCUGGCUUCCGCCGGGGCCACGGCUCAGCGCGGUCCCUCGUCCUCUGCCACUCUGCCGCGGCCCCCACACCACGCCCCGCCGGGCCCAGCCUCCGGGGCGCCCCCACCCGGCUGUGCUACCUUGCCCCGCAUGCCACCCGACCCUUACCUGCAGGAGACUCGCUUCGAGGGCCCACUGCCCCCGCCGCCGCCCGCUGCCGCCGCCCCACCCCCGCCGGCGCCCUCUCACACUACCCAGGCCCCGGGCUUCGUGGUGCCUACGCACACCGGGGCGGUAGGCACGCUGCCUCUGGGGGGCUACGUGGCCCCUGGCUAUCCAUUACAGCUGCAGCCUUGCACUGCCUACGUGCCGGUCUACCCGGUGGGCACGGGUCCAGGGCUAGCACUGCUGGAACCGAGGCGCCCGCCGCACGACUACAUGCCGAUCGCGGUGCUGACCACCAUCUGCUGCUUCUGGCCCACGGGCAUCAUCGCCAUCUUCAAGGCAGUGCAGGUGCGCACGGCCUUGGCCCGCGGAGACAUAGUGUCGGCGGAGAUUGCUUCACGCGAGGCCCGGAACUUUUCCUUCAUCUCCUUGGCGGUGGGCAUCGCAGCCAUGGUGCUCUGUACCAUCCUCACGGUAGUUAUCAUCAUUGCCGCCCAGCACCACGAGAACUACUGGGAUCCGUAAGGACGCCCGCGGCCGGGCCCCACCCUGCGCCCCUCGACCUCCCAAGCGCGUUCUGCAGUCACGCCGCAGAUCCAAUGGUCGCCCUGCACACCCGCCCCUGGAGCUACCGGACUUCGAUACAUCCGAAACUCGGCUUCCACGGAAACUCUCGCCUUGCGGGCACGCUCCGAAUCCAGUUCCUCAGGAACCCAGCCAAACCCCACACCCCCAAGGACACCGCUUCCCUGGAUCCCAGCCAAAUGCCGGGCCCCCAGUCGCUCCAGACCCCCACCCCCUCUAAAUGCAGCGCCCCCAGAGGAGAUCCCAGGGUUUCUGCUUGGCAGCCUAGAGACUGGUCCCCCAAACCCCGCCUCCUCUAUAGGCCCCGCCCCAGCUCUGACAAAACCCCGCCUCCAGGUCGGCAGGCUCCGCCUUCUUUUCUUCGUCGCGGGGUGAUUCAGUCCGAUGAUUGGGUUUGUGGUGCCAGGCCUCGCUGCCAGACCAACAGACUAGACUCUUCCCCUUCUCCCAGCACGAGGACUGAGCCCCAGGGUAGCCACGCCCCCAAGCUCAAUCCGGUUUUUGCUUGUACAGUUUCGCAUCUCCUACACCUGGUCUCCUCUGAUUUUCUUGCUAAUCCCCGAACCCCUAUUUUUUGUUUUUUGGAAUGAGAUUUGGGAGGUUCCCAGUUUAUGACCCUUUACCCUGGGAUGAAGAUUACGUUCCGGUUCUCUGUAAAUACUCCUUCCCACUUCUCCCAAUCCCUGGACAGCCAGGCAGAAGGGAACCCAGGGUCCUGACCUCCCAAUGUCGGGAGGAAGCCGCCCGCUCUCUGCUCUCCUGGACAGUCCCUGCUUUGUUCUGAUCUGUGUGUGUGCGUGUGUGUAUGUGUGUGUGUGUGUGAAUUUCUGAAAGACUAUAUUAAAGAGUCUAAAUGGA